UCUAGGUUGGCAGCGGAAAUGCUACGCGUGCGGUGCUUGGCCGCGCAUUAGGUCGGUGCUGGCACUCGCGUCAAAAUCAUCCUCGCGGUCGGAAUAUGAAAGACCUCAGAAUAUGGCCGAUGACAUUAAUGGGGCUGGUGUUCCUCGGCUGCUGCUCGAACGUCUACUUUCUGGAGCUGCUCGUCAAGGAGGACCCGGGAAUCGGCAUCUUCGCCACUUUUUCUCAGUUCCUUUUCAUCGCUCUGCACGGAUUUGUCUCGUCAGCCAGAUGCGGAACCAGAAAGCCUCAGAUUCACGUAAAGCACUACGUGUUGCUAGUGAUUUUCUUCUUCGUGGCCAACGUGUCCAACAACUACGCAUUCAACUUCAACAUCGCGAUGCCGCUGCACAUCAUCAUCCGGUCGGGCUCGCUGAUCGCCAACAUGGUCAUGGGGAUCACCAUCCUCAAGCGCACCUACUCCAACUACAAAGUGGCCUCCGUGCUCACAAUCACGAUCGGAGUCGUCAUUUGCACCCUCGAGUCGGCCAAAGUGGUCACCAAAGACACAGCUGCGCACAAGGAGUCGACCGGCAUGGAUGACCCUGACCCUGAGCUGGCGGAGGCAACCGCCUCCGACCCGAACACAGAGUUCCUGUGGUGGUGUGUAGGCGUCGCGCUGCUCGUCAUUGCACUUUUUGUCUCCGCACGCAUGGGAAUUUACCAGGAGACAUUGUUCAAAGCGCACGGAAAGCACUCGGAGGAGGCCGUAUUCUACACGCACCUGAUGCCGCUACCCGGCUUCAUUUUCCUCUACUCCAACAUAUUCACGCACAUGACGCUGGCCGUCGAGAGCCCUCCAAUCUCGGUCCUGGGCGUCGUCGUGCCCUGCACGCUGGUCUACCUCGCCCUGAACGUGCUGUCCCAAUUCAUCUGCAUCAGCUCGGUGUAUGCGCUGACCACAGAGUGCACGUCGCUCACCGUGACCCUAGUCGUGACCUUGAGGAAGUUCCUCAGCCUCGUCUUUUCCAUUUGGUACUUCCAGAAUCCGUUCACUGCUUACCAUUGGCUCGGCACUUUGCUCAUCUUCGGCGGUACCAUUGGAUUCAGUUUGUCAUAGGAAUAUUGUGUUUAUUAUUUUACAUCUAAAAGAACAGCCAAAAACGAACUUUGGUCUAAGCAGUAUUACUUGAAUUUUAAUAUUUCACUGACUUUCUUAACUCUUUAGGUAGACAUUUUUCUCAUAUUGUGCGGUUGUGAUUACCUGCUUGUAAAAAUGCUGUGUCAUUUCAAAUAAAAGAUUUAAACUA